UGGAGUCAAGAAAUGCUGUGCCAUGUUUCACUGGCUCGACUGAUUACGUAGCUUGACUGCGCGGAAACGGUCUCCCGCGUCCCAUCAUCUGCAGCCUUGGCAGUCAUUAUGACGUUUCGAGGCUCUGAAGCUGGGAAGUUGGCUCGACACUGGCACUGCACGGCACUGCAGCUGUAAUGCUGUUUGCUCUUUGCUCUUUAACCUUUCUCUGCCUUUUCUAGCUGCUACCAGGUAGCAUUGCUAUGGGAGUUUGUGGUCUUCGACUACAAUCGACAGCCACCUAGUGUACUUGUCUGGCCGCGUCCCUCCCGUCAACCCGUUCACUAUGUCGUUUCUCUCGUCAUGCUGUGGCUUCGGCCGCAAGCGAGGUGGUGAGGACACAGCUCCUCUGCUCCCUCGCUAUGAAGAUGACACAGCACGUGAAAGAGCCAUCCACCAAAAGCUGCAUACUUACCAGAUGCUAAGGGCCCUGUCCAAGGGAUACAUGCCAUCUAACGAGCAGACUAUCAUCAACCUCCGUACCCUGCUUGCCUCGGACGUCCUUAACCCGAACAAUAAAGACUUGAGUGAAUCUGGUCGCCUCUUGAUUCGAAACUGUCGAAACUGGUUGAAGCUGUUCAUAGAGCUAUUGCAACAUAAAAACAGCCAAGAUCAGAUUCAGGAUUUCGUCUGGAAUCUCACCAAGUCACGAAUUUCCCUGGACGUCAACGACAUCGCUUACACGGCCUCCAAAGCCAAGUCCAGAGCUGAAGCCCAGGCUGCCUAUCAAAGUUUCCGUACGGUCGGGAGUCUCCUCCUCGCAAACUCCGAUUUCCGACUCUUUGUGAACGAUGUCGCUACCAUUGGCCGACAGGUGCUGGCAGAUACUGCCUUCUCCCUGUCGGAAGCGGCUGAAGAGACGGGCAAACAACUCGAGCCUUCCGAACAAGAACAAAGUGCCGUGUCCAAACCUGGUGCAGAUGAAGGAACGCUGCCCUCCAAGGAUGAGCUCGAACAAAAUGCGGAAGAGACCACAAAAGUCAUUGCUUCACAAGCUGCAAAGGUCGGACAGGAUACCAUUGAAAGUGCAAAGGACAAGUUUUCCGGGCCCCAGCGCGAGACCUUGCUUCAUCGGAUCAAGCAAGCAGUCCUGCACUUGAGAAAGCGCACAGACUACAAUGACUCUGUCUCCACGCUGUCAAAGUUGAUUCAGCGGUAUGCCGUGGCAUACUCCCGCGUUGCUGACGCAGCUAUCUCAACCGCUCAAGAUGAUAUUGACACCAAUCCAGCUUUGGACCGGGCUGUCCGCAAUUUCUGGGAGUUUGUGAGCAGCUUCGGUGAUCAGGAAGCGUGGAAGCAAUUAGAAGAGGACUUCAAGAAGGUCAUGAGCCAUGCCCAAUCCGACCCACAGUUCGAGAACUUUAUGGUCGACGUCGGCAACACGGUGCAGCGCAUGCUCACUGACCCAGAGUUUUUCGACAACGCCGACAAAAAGCUCGAAGAACUAAAGGAAAAGUCUUCCAAACUGGGCAAUGACACUGACUUCCGCACCGACUUCGACAAAUUCCUUCAUCAAGCUCAGGUCACUGUCAAUGCCGUGAUGGAAGACAAGGACAUCAAUGGCUUGAUGAUUGCGACUCGGCGUAUUUAUGAUAUUAUUUCCCCGCCCAACAAGGUCACCAACCCGGAUCUCAUUACGGAUGCUAUCCAUAUCUUCCUUCCAUUGUUGAUCCGUAGUGUACAAUAUAUCCCAAUCCCUCGGGUGGAAGUUUCUGUUCCGGAGAUGGAUCUUCUCCUCGAGAACCUUAUCCUGGAGCCUGGGCGCAAUGUCAACUCGACUUCAUUCCUGCCAUACCGACUUGCUGUCUCCACCAAGAACGACCUGGAAAUCCGAAAAGCCCAUUCCAAGAAGGUCGUCUCGAAAGCCCAGUCUCUUGUGUCUAUCACCAUCAACGGUCUCAGUGUCGCCGCACAAGACCUUGGGUUCUGGAUUCGCGGACACGCCGGUCUGAUGCACUUUGCGGACGAAGGCAUUGCAAGUUUCUAUCUGGACGAGCGUGGCAUUGACAUCACCCUUGAUCUGGAGAUUGGGCGGGAGAAGCUUGAACAGAUCCUCACUCUUCGCGGGGUAAAGGUGCACAUCCACAAACUCGACUACAAAUUGCGCAAGUCCAAACUCUCUUGGCUCGGCUGGCUAUUCAAGCCUUUCUUGAAGCAUUUGGUCCGCCGUUCUUUGGAGAAAGCCAUUGCUGAGAACAUUGUCAACGCCCUUCGCGCAGCUAACCGUGAGCUUGUGUUUGCUCGAGAACGACUGCGAGCAACACGCAUUGCUGAUCCUCAGGAUGUACUUACCUUCAUCAGGGCCGUCAUGGCACGUUUAACGCCUGAAGAAGACCCUGAUGUGUACACUCGAGUGGGUGUUGAUGCACCUAAGAAGGGUGUCUUCAAGGGGGUCUACACUCCUGGCAGUGUGGUCAAGCUUUGGCACGAGGAGGCAAUGAGGGCGGAAGAGGUUGUCCAAGAUGGAGAAGAGAGAGGCGGUGGUUGGAGAAACGACAUCUUCGAUGUGCCGGUGUACGGAACGACAUAAGGAGAAAAACAUGGGAUGUGGUCGAGGUACAAUGGGUCUUGGUGUUGUACGUCGGGGCUCGUGGUGACAAUAUUGACACAUGACGGCUCAGAGCGACAAUUGAGGGAUGGGAGCCUGUUACUGUUAGUAUUUUUUCAAUGCGCGGUGCAAAAGCAACUUCGGGUCAAUUCAAUUCAGUGUGCUUGUGUACCACCUCAUGUAAUUUGUUUAGGUAGCUUGCUUGAUAGCGUGAUGAAGCUUAAUGCCGAGAAUGAAAGCGUUUCUCCAGAAAG